UGUUGGCUGUGAUAGUGUCUGUAUGUUGUGUGGCAUGGCUAUGUGAAAACUGUCCUGGUCGUCAUAUGUUCGUUUGUUUGAGUCCUGUCCGUGUAUCUAAGCUGAGGUCCUCACCGUCCACACACAGGUUUCAAACGUUUAUACAGGAAGUGGGAAAGAUUCUGACACGCUCACAAGCCUGUGUGUGCUGGGCAGGCUGUCAGUGGGUAAUGGGAACCGUAUGUGAGCAGAGGUUUUCUCCUCUGCCAGAAUUAAUACCAGUUUGAAAAUUACAACGGUUACAUCAGGCUGUGUCAGACAGAUCUGCUUUGAAGGAAGAUUCAAAUCUGGAGAUAUGUUUUCUGGAAUUGUCAGCUGUGCAUGUUCGUAGAAUCUGUUUGAUUUCCGUGUCUUGGAUCAGACAAUUGUGUUGUUGGACUGUGGAGUUAGCAGGAAAUUGAUCAUUUCCUGUAUACAAGGAGGUGAUUCUGAAGAACAAGCAGCCGAAAAUGAGGACAUAAAUAUCUCGGUCAUGAGGAUGGACUCUUUUGUUUGACCACGACACCGUUCUUCAGUUGACCGGUGAUCAGCUCCACAUAAACAUGGACACUACGAUGGAGACCAGUGCAGCUUCUUCGACAGGGGAGGUGACGUACAUGACCUCGCGGGGGAACAUGACGACGAUGGCGUCCCCAUCGCAUCAGUGCGAUCACAUAGACUCACAGUAUGACGUUGCCUCGGCGAUUGUUUGUGCCAUGUGUUUCAUAUUUGGGAUUCUGUAUACAUUUUUCGGGUACCGGUUCUUCAAGGCAGUGAUGUUCCUGACGGGGUUCAUUUUUGGCGGAGUCCUCAUCUACAUGAUCUGCAAGGAAGAGGAGAUUAUGCCCACAGAAGGAAAUAUUGGCGUGGCCAUUGGCGCCGGGAUACUCUGUGGCCUCAUCACGAUGCUUGUGCAAUACGUGGGACUAUUUCUCACAGGAUUCCAUCUAGGAAUAGCCCUUGCAAUUGCUGUUUUGAUAAUCCUGGAACAAUUUCUGCAUCCUUCGACCAAGUGGAUACCCAUUGGAUUACUUGUUGGUCUUGGGUUGCUGUUUGCCUUUCUCAUUCUGAAAUUCCAAAAGUGUUUCACAAUUUUGGGGACAAGUAUUUUUGGAGGUGCUUUAAUGGUAGCAUUUUUAGACUACUUUAUUGAGAAGUUUCGCAUGGUGCUGUACAUGUGGGACCGAGUGAAAGGCAACGAGUCGCCGCCUGUGUGCUGGUACAGUUGGGUGAUACUUGGCUGCUGGCCAUUUUGUUUCCUUGUUGGAGCUAUUACACAAUGGAGGAUUACAGGACAGGGAGUGGACCAUCGAGAAGCACUACACAUCAACAGGUCGAAGAAGGUGAACCUGAAACGUAUUCGGGCUCGAGAGCGUCGAGAUGAGCAACAUUCCCGUUAUCGGCAUCUGUACCAGGUGCGGCGUGUCAACGGGGAUGUCAUCUCCCAGGUGAACAACCAAGACUACAUUCAGAGUAUCCAGGGAAAACUGUCCCCAGCCAUGAGAAGUCUGACCGACCCGAUGACAGAAGUGGAGAGUGCCAACACCACCCUCACACAAGUGCCCUGAUCAUAUCACACCUCGACAAUAGGUCAUAUCACCUGCAUUGGACGAUAUCACUGAUAUCACCUUCAUUGGCCAUAUGCAUAUCACCUUGGCUUGGGUGGGAUAGUAUCACUCAUCACCAGCAUGAGGCAAUACCUCCUGGAUGGAAUGAUAUCAUUCAUAUCACAUUCAUGCAAGUUCCACGUUUUGAUAUUUCCAUAUCAAGUUCGUGUUAGAACCAUGUUCUGGUACCUUCAGACCAGACUGUAUCUCUAGCAUUACAUGAACCAUCAAUGGAUGAACAUAUCACAUAUGGUUUCAUAUCAGCAUUGGGGGUACCACGCUCCCUCGAUGUCCAUAGUUGUACGAGAUCAACCAGGUACCUCCCAGGGUAAUACAACACAUAUGGACCGAUGUCCUCCCAUGUUUACACUGCAGGACGCCGAUGAAUAUCAUUGCACAAGACCUCCAGUCUACCAGUCAUACCUGAUGUAUCCUAUUGCUUGAGGUCUCACCAUGGAAUAGCCGAUGUUUACCUCGGGCGGUCUGUUCAAAGGGCGGUCUGUUCAAGCUGUGCCUCAGGAAUGUCCACCAUGAACAUUGUAUCAUGAGCUUUUGAACUGAGUGUCAUGAUACAGAUGAAAUUGUUGGUAGGGGAAUAGUGUUUGCUGGAGUGUAGAAGCUGUUGUUGAUGACUGUAUGGACAUUGUUGUUUUGAAAAGAAACAAGUUGUUGGACUGUGAAUGGCAUCUGUAGAUGAGAAGGUGGAGA